AUCGUAUAAAGAGAGUUUGUGUCAUGAAGGCGCAGUAUGAAAUAAUACUCAACGCGAAAUUAACGCGUUUAUUACAAAACUUGCCGAAAUAUCUGUGAUAACCAAAAUGGAGAGACAAGUCAAAGUACCUUAUGAAGAUGCCUUGUGUAUGGCAGGGUUCGGCAAGUACAACCUGCUCAUGCUUUUACUCUGCGGCAGCAUCAUCGCUGGCAUGUCGUUCGAGAUCUUCUCUGUGUCGUACCUGGUGCCCGGCAGCGCCUGCGAGCUGAACACCACCAGUACCGAGCAGGGACUUAUGGCUGGUGUACCUUUGAUUGGUAUAAUCGCCACGUCACAUUUCUGGGGAUACCUGGCCGAUACCCAGGGAAGGAAGAAGAUACUAACGAUAUCCAUGACUAUCAGCUUCAUGGCGGGAGCCAUGGCGUCUCUCUCGCCGCAUUGGAUCGUGCUCAGCGCUUUUAAGCUUGUUUCAUCUUCUUCGGUAUCAGGGGCAUACGCGAUAGGGCUUACGCUUCUAGGCGAAUGUACUCCAAGAGACAAAAGGAAUUUGUUCAUUAUACUUACCACCAGUUUGUUUUUACUCUCUACUGGUAUCAUGGCAGUAAUUACCAUACCAAUUCUACCUCUCACGUUCUCCUAUUACAUCCCGUUCCUGGACAUCCAUUUCAACUCCUGGCGUCUUCUGGACCUGAUCUUCUGCUUGCCUUGCGCCAUCGGUGCUGUAGGCGUCGCGUGCUCCUUCGAGAGCCCUAAAUAUCUCAUGACAGUUGGAAGAAGGGACGAAGCACUGGAAACCUUGAAAAACAUAUUCGUGUUAAACACGGGAAAAGACAGGGAGUUAUAUGAGGUGGACUCUGUAGUUCUUGACGAGGAAAGCGCUACAGCUGCCAAGGGUUUAUGGGCCUCGAUGAUUGCUCAGACGGUGCCGCUGUUGCGACCACCACUUUUGACCAACACGCUUCUCCUUGCCGCUCUUUUUAUUAUAGUAUUUCUUGGUGUCAACCCGUUUAUAGUAUGGCUGCCGUAUAUCAUAAACGCCUUCAUGACGUCGGUUCAAAAUGGCGACAGGGACAUGACCAUCUGCGAAAUGAUAAGGUCUUCAAGCAACAGCAGCGCAGGUGCAGAUAAUCAUGCCUCUUGUUCUGUAAAUGCCUUCGCAAUGACCAUGGUGUUCAGCAUUAACUUCAUACUGGCGUUCCUUAAUAUCGUCAGCAGCAAGAUUGUCUCUCUCAUAGGCAGGAAGAAGUACUUUAUCAUACUUCAGUUAUUGUCCAGUAUAGCGGGUCUGGUCAUGAACUCAGUGUCUCUUUGGAUCGUCAGCGCUAUUCUCUUCGUCUUCUACAUGUUUCCGAUCGUCAGCUUCGGGUUACUCACCACCUAUUCCGUGGAUAUCUUCCCCACAUACAUCAAAGCCAUGGCAGUGUGCGUGACGUGGAUGUGUGGACGUGUAAGCGCUGUGGUGGGAAUAAACAUCCUGAAGAACCUCAUUGAAAAUAACUGUGAGGCUGCCUUUUAUAUCUUCGGAAGCGUUACUAUGUGUGGUGGUUUGGUGGGUAUGUUUUUACCCUCUGACGAGAAAUUAGCAAAACGGAUGUCAAAGGGCAACCCUACACCUUGAACAAUUGAAAUAAAUAAGUAACCGAAAUAUAUCUAGAUGGGUUCAGAUUACCUAACUUCAACGUCCUAGGUAAUAAAUAAAUAAGACUUCUAGGGUCGUAUUGGCUUCAAGAAUUUAAAUCUACUGGAAACGGAAGAUUUAUAAUAAAUACAGGGUCUUACUAAAAAUGUGAUCUAUAUCCUAAAUUGUUUGAAUUAAGAAAAGGAAAAACCACAAGGCUACUUUUAUAGACAAAGAGAAUGUAAAAUAUUGUUGGGUACUUAUUUUAAUAUUUUUUAAGCAUAAUAAAAGGCUUUUGUAAAUAUCAUUA